AUGCGUUCCUCUCAAAAAAGAAAGCACUCACCCGAGGUGUCUCGAUCUCGUCUACCCCCCAUCACACCCCGUACCGCUGGAUCGAGGAGUGGCCACGAUGCUCGCCCAUCGAGCCGAGCAUCCACCGCAUCAAGAGGCCCAAUCUACCCACCAGCUUGUUCAGCAGCCCAGCGACCGCAGACUCCGUUUCCAACAGAAAGUCAGAUUGGAGGCGAAGAAAACGAAACAUUCAUUGAGGAUGAUGAUGAUGCUGGUCACAUCAUUGCUGCCAUUGACAUGAAAGACCACGGCACGGUGGGAUGCUCAUACUACUCUGCGGAAGAGGAGAAACUUUACCUGCUGGGAGACAGCAAGUUGGGAGAAAUAGAGACCGUCAACGCUUAUUCAUCCUCGUAUCUACCCUACCAGGUUGACGUGCGCCCUUCGCAAGAGUUCACAUAUGCCAACGCAGAGAAUAGUCUCAUCGCCCUAGAGGUAUCAUCAUCCCAUGAGGAGCGACUUCGCUUCUUCGUGCCUCAAAAUGAUCUCGACGGACCCGAACAAGAGACGAAUCCUGAGGAAAUGGGCUUCACGCUUCACGAAGGAAGAUUCCUCCACAUUUCCAGCUCUGUCGAUAUGGAAAACCCAGUAACUGUCGGCUGUGCAGGGGCAGUUCUAUCAUACCUACAGAGACGACGAGCUAAGACCAACAUCGGACCAAUCCGAACCGAUCCUUUCAGGUCCGAGUCGCACCCAAACAUGUUCAAUCAAGGCCCAGGCAAAAAGUCAGCCUCUGAGAAGGAGGGCCUCUCGGUCUAUGGUCUUUUCCGUCGCUUCGCGCAUACACCCCAGGGAAGGGCCAGACUUAAACAGAUGUUCUUCCGCCCAAGUCUCAGCCUUGAGAUCAUUCGAGAGCGACAUGACUUCAUCGCGAUGUUCUCGAGACCGGGAAACUUGACAGCCCUCGAGAAAAUGACAAAGGGAUUGAAGCAUGUCAAGAACCUGCGGCCUGUAAUGAUUAAUCUUCACAAAGGUAUUAGUACGGGGAGUGCAAAGAUCAUUGGAUUCAAGGCCACAGUGUGGGCGAGUCUUUUAGCUGCACUGCAAAUACUUGAAGCAGCGCAGCUUCAUCGAGUCGGACGAAUGAUUCAGGAGGUUGUUGACAUUGACAACUCUGAAGAGCAAGGCCGGACAGUGGUGAAACAAGGUAUUGAUCGAGAACUCGACAAGAUGAAAGACCGGUACGACGGCCUCAGCAGCCUUCUCAAAACCGUGGCCAUUGAAAUCGCAACCACAAUACCGGCAGAGCUCGACAUUGAGGUGAACGUAAUCUAUUUUCCCCAGCUCGGCUUCAACAUUGCCAUCUCCCUUAACGAUAGAAGAAAUCCAGCCUAUUCUGGUGCGGUUGGGGAUUGGGAGCUGGUUUUUACCACAGAAACCAGAGCUUACUUCAAGGACUUUCGCAUGCGAGAACUGGAUGAAAAGCUCGGUGAUAUCUAUGGGCUCAUCUGCGAGAAGGAGAUUGAGAUCGUUUACAAUUUGGCUCAGAGGGUCCUUCAGUAUGAGAAUGUGCUCAUCGAAGCAUCUGAUAUCUGUGGAGAGAUGGACAGGUUUGUGAUCCAGGAGAUGUGA